AUGUGCAUCUUCAAGAUGAGUGAACUAAGUUCAACCACUGGGGACUUUCUGCCACCUUCUCAACUCACGUUAGACAUGUUUUCAAUAGAGAAGAAAAUAGGGAAAGGAAUGUUCAGUGAGGUUUUUCGAGCUAAGUGCAAUUGGAGUGGUCAGACCGUUGCUUUGAAGAAAAUUCAGGUUUUUGAAAUGGUUGAUCAAAAGGCUCGUCAAGACUGUCUGAAGGAAAUUGACUUGCUUAAGCAAUUGAAUCAUGUUAAUAUUAUUAGAUGUCAUGCUAGUUUCGUUGACCACAAUCAGCUGAACAUCGUAUUGGAGCUUGCUGAAGCGGGAGAUAUGAGUCGAAUGAUCAAACAUUUCAAGAAAAACGGUCGGUUGAUACCUGAGCGAACGAUUUGGAAAUAUUUUGUUCAAUUGGCGAGGGCUGUCGCACACAUGCACUCUAAGCGUAUAAUGCACAGAGAUAUCAAGCCUGCAAAUGUAUUUAUUACUUCUGAAGGAAUUGUAAAAUUAGGUGAUUUGGGACUUGGUCGUUUUUUUAGUUCAAAAACUACUGCGGCUCAUUCACUUGUUGGCACACCGUAUUACAUGUCUCCAGAACGCAUUCAAGAGUCUGGAUACAAUUUCAAAUCGGAUUUGUGGUCAAUAGGAUGCUUGCUCUAUGAAAUGGCAGCAUUGCAGUCGCCAUUUUAUGGCGAUAAGAUGAAUUUAUAUUCGCUGUGCAAGAAGAUAGAAAACUGCGAAUAUCCACCUCUACCGGCAGACAUAUAUUCCUCGCAGCUGCGAAGUCUCGUCUCUCACUGCAUUUGCUCUGAUCCAUCUCGUCGUCCUGAAACGGCCCAGGUUUUAGAAGUCGCAGAGAAAAUGAACUUCUACUUCCAACAGUUGCCUUUGCAGGCUUCUAAGUAG